AUGACUUUCAAGAAUUUCGAUGAUAUUUUCCGUGAUCGCUACCCAUCUUUCGACGGCUACACUUUCCACUUGGCAACUUGGUUCGAUGAUAAACCCUACAUUUUUCAAUCGAGAAGUGGCCCUAAAGGAGAAGGAGAAGGUGUAGAAAUCGAGAUGUUGAAUGCCUUGUGCAAAGUUUUGAAUUUCUCCUACACUAUUACUGAGGAACCGUCGGAUAUGAAGUGGGGGGCAUACGAGAACGGAACUUGGAAUGGAAUGCUGGGAAUGGUUUACCGCAAGGAAAAGAACUUCACAGUGAAUUUCUUCGUGAUUACUGACCAGCGACGAGCUGCAUUUGACUCGACUGUGUCGUAUUGGAAUGAAGGUUUCGGCAUAUCCAUGCUUGCUCCGCCACCUUUUCCCAGGUGGAAGAAUUUCUACUACCCCUUCACUGCUCAUGUUUGGAUGGGUCUCUUCUUGACGUUUAUAAUAUCGGUUGUGUUUUACGUAAUACUGAGGCACUCAGACGAUCCAGCCAACACAACAGAUUGGCAAGCUUGGCUGCACUUAUUUCGUUCCAUGUUGAACAUCGCGUGGCCGAGGCUUCCACGGAAAACACCAGAGCAAAUUUUCAUUGGAUUUUGGUUCCUGUUUUGCAUGGUGGUUGCGCUCGCGUACACCGCUAACCUCAUUGCAUUUCUUACGGUACCGCUGUAUCCAAAACGGAUCCAAACUGUGGAGCAGCUCGCUCUUAGUCACUACGGUAUUUCAAUGUACGACUACGGGGAAUUCGUGCCAGGGGCCUUAGCGUCUUCCACAGACCCGAUGUAUCGGCGCAUCAGAGCUCGUCUGGAACUGUACCCUACCUACGCUGAGGCGGUCUAUCCUAUGCUCAACGGCACGCACGCUCACGUCGAGAGCUUCUCGUACAACAGGAUCGUAGUGGCUACAGAGUUCAAGGCGAAUAACUCCUACAUGCUGAAGGAGCAGCUAUUCCCCGGUCACCUGUGCUGGUAUUUCCAAAAGAACACUCCCUACGUGUACAAGUUUGAUGAUGGGAUCCAGAGGCUAGUCGACUCGGGGCUAGUCAAUCAUUGGCUGACGCUGGGCGAGUUCGAGUCCAUACCCCAGCUGGGCGAGUUCGAGUCCAUACCCCAGCUGGACGAGUUCGAGUCCAUACCCCAGCUGGGGGAGUCCAUACCCCAGCUGGACGAGUUCGAGUCCAUACCCCAGCUGGGGGAGUCCAUACCCCAGCUGGACGAGUCCAUACCCCAGCUGGGGGAGUCCAUACCCCAGCUAGUACAAUAUUCUCAAUUACAGGAAAAGACCGAGAGUUUCUUGGGACGGGACUUCGAGCGGCGCAACCUGCAGCAGACGCAAGUACGAGCUGAGACUGCACUGCGGGUUGACCACUUGCAGGGAGUGUUUCUGGUGCUGGCCGUGCUGGAGGCUUGUGCUACUCUGCUCUUUGCCGGCGAGGUCAUUCAUUAUAAGCUCACCACUAAACCUAAACUAUACCAAAACACAGAAAAGACAGCUUAA